UUCACCCCUGAGUUCAAAUUCCCGAGAGGGCGUUGGAUAGCAGAAGUCUGUGUUCGCCCGGCCUUCAAGCAAUUGUUCCACUCGGGCUUCGGCGUACAUUCUACACACAUGGGUCAGCCUCGCCAAAGCUCACGCUCGUAGCCACGUCGUCUCCAUUGCCGAAGCAUUGGUUUCUCCGCCUACGGCGGCCUCGACAAUGCCUCGAAACAUUGCGGAGCAUGAGGAGUCUGUUGGGCUCCUCGACGACAGCUCCUUGACACUUGAGGCCGUCGUCACCACAUCAUCGACCGCCUCGCACGGGACAUACUCGUCCACGGUGUCUUCGUCCAGCUCGGUCUGCAGCGACGACUUCGAAGGCUAUAUCGACGAGCCAAAGUUUGUCGCGUUCAAAAAGCCAAGGUGGCAUGACAGCUUUGCAGGAUGGUGCCGUUCUCGCCCGCGCCAUGUCCGUCGCAAGUUCAGGAGGCCUCGUUGGGUCAUUGUCGGCCGUUUGCUAAGAUACCUUUUCCUCGCAAUAUGCGCUCUCAUUGUCGUCACGCCCAUCUUUGCGUCUUCAUACACCAAGCCACCAGCGCAAUACGGAGAUCUCGAAUUGCGAUGUCACGGGCCGAGACCCCCCGCGGGAUGUGCCAAUCCGCAUAACGAAAAGGUGUUCAUCGCGAUCAGUCUGUAUGACAAGGGCGGUCACCUGGCUGGCGGUAUGUGGGGUGCGAACUUGCUGCAGUUGAUCCAUCUCAUUGGGGAGAAGAAUGUGUUCCUCAGCAUCUACGAGAACAACAGCGGGCCAGAGGGUGAGGCCGCACUGGAGAGUUUCAAGCGCCGUCUUCGCUGUCGACAUCAUAUCGUCAUCGAUUCAGAUGUGCCAUUGUCCGACUUUGAGCACCAGACGAUUGUUCUGCCGGAUGGCAGCAAGCGACUGAAACGUCUUGCAUACCUUUCAGAGAUGCGGAAUCGAGCUCUACGGCCACUUGAUACCUUCAACACAGAAGACGGGAUUGUCGAGUACGACAGGAUCCUAUUUAUGAACGAUGUUGCGUUUCGACCGACGGACGCUGCAAAUCUGCUUUUCAGCACCAACGUUGGGCCAGACGGCAAAGCUCAGUACCUUUCGGCUUGCGGCCUCGACUUCAUGUCGCCUUUCUUGUUUUACGAUCUCUACGCCAUGCGGGACGCCGAGGGUUUCUCGAACGGGCUGCCAAUCUUUCCCAUUUUCUCGAAUGCUGGCCAAGGGAUUUCGAGGGCCGCCAUGGUGGCUGGCAGUGAUGCUGUGCCUGUAUCUUCCUGCUGGGGCGGCAUCGUAGCAAUGGAUGCUCGAUAUGUCCAAAAUCGGCAAGCCACGCUUCCGAGUCCUACCUUUCAGGACAUUGGUAGCCAUGUCAUCGAUCCGAACGACCCCACGAACGCCACAGCACCUGUUCGUUUCCGCUACGAGCCCGAGAUAUUCUUUGACGCAUGCGAGUGCUGCCUGUUCCUGGCAGACGUCUCGCAGGCCGCACGCAAGGACAAUGCCAAGGAGGUUGGUGUCUAUGUUAACCCGUACGUGCGCGUGGCGUACGACUUCGACACACUCGGGUGGUUGCCGUGGGUCAAACAUUGGGAGCGCCUAUUCAGCAUACCGCAGCGGAUUCUCUCGCCGGCGCUGGGCUUGCCCACACACAACCCGCACCGGACGGUGCAGGAGGGCGAUUCUUUCAAAGAGGAGAUAUGGGUUGGGGAAGGGGAUGAGGGUCAUUGGAAAACCGUGGAUCGUAUAGCGCGUAACGGCAUGUUUUGUGGCGUGAGGGAGAUGCAGGCUUUGCAAAUUGAGGAGCGUACCGAGGACAAGAACUGGGAGAACUUUGAGAUCCCUGGUGGUCAGACGUUGUACUUCCCAACCUAGUGUGUUUGAGGGGCAGUCUUACGUCCACCCAUCUUGAGCCCGCCGGCUCUGCUGAUGGCCCGGUCCCUGGCGAUCCCGAUAUUGCCAACUUCGACAAUGUCGCCUUGGUACGCCAUGCUGCCUCCUGCAUUUUUCGAAU